CGGUCACAGAGAAGCAGAAGGCUAGAGGAAAGUGAGCGAGGGCUGAUGUAGGGUGCUUAGAGAGGACAACAGUGAGAGCUGUUUGUAGUAUUUUUUUUUGUUCAGGAAGGGUAGACCAAAGACAAAACACCUCUCCAAAAUGCUCUGCCACGUAACUCGACCGGACGCGGUGGUGAUGGAGAUAGAAGUGGACGCCAAGGCGAACGGAGAGGACUGUCUGAACAAGGUGUGUCGGAAGUUGGGAAUUAUUGAGGUGGAUUACUUUGGGCUGCAGUUUUCUGGCAGUAAGGGAGAAAACCUGUGGCUGAACCUGAGGAACAGAAUCUCUCAGCAGAUGGACAAUCUCACGCCCUGCAGACUACGGCUCAGAGUGAAGUUCUUCGUGGAGCCUCACCUUAUUCUGCAGGAGCAGACGAGACACCUGUUUUUUAUGCAUGUGAAAGAGGAUCUGCAUCGUGGACAUCUGCGGAUGUGCUCUGAACAGGCCGAGGAGCUCAGCGCCCUCCUGGCCCAGGCCGAGUUCGGCGACUAUAACCAGAACACAGCCAAGUACUGGUACACUGAGCUCUGUUCCACCGAGCCCAACCAGGCCACCAUCAACAGUAUCAUAGCCAAGCACAAGGCUCUGGAGGGUCUGAGCCAGGCGUCAGUGGAGUACCAGGCUCUGCAGCUGGUGUCGUCUCUGGAGCAUUAUGGGGUGGAGUGGCACUGGGUGCGGGACGCUGAAGGACAGAGGUUGGCUAUCGGUGUGGGACCAGACGGUAUCGCUAUCUGCCGAGAGGACUUCAGCCUGGUUAACAGGAUAUCUUAUCCCAUAAUACAAAUUGCCACGCAAUCAGGGAAGAGCGUGUACUUGACUGUCACCAAGGAAACCAGCGACAGUGUGGUCCUGCUGUUCAAGUUAAUCAGCAAUAGAGCAGCCAGCGGUCUGUAUCGGGCCAUCACAGAAACACAUGCCUUUUACAGGUGCGACACCGUAACGAACGCCGUCAUGAUGCAAUACAGCCGGGAUUUCAAGGGUCACCUGGCUUCGCUUUUCCUCAACGAGAACAUCAACCUGGGCAAGAAGUACGUCUUCGACAUCCGCCGGACCUCCAAGGAGGUGUACGACUACGCCAGGCGGGCGCUGUACAACGCCGGGCUCGUGGACAUGAUGUCGAGGCCGGGGGAGCGCAGCCCGUCGUCCCGCUCGCCGUCCCGCGAGCAGGAGGGGGCCCUGGACUGCGGGGGCUGCCAGCAGAGCCGGCUGCUCCAGGAGAAGCUGCAGAAGCUGCGGGAGGCGCUGCUGUGCAUGCUGUGCUGCGAGGAGGAGAUCGACGCCGCGUUCUGCCCCUGCGGUCACAUGGUGUGCUGCCAGAGCUGUGCCGAACAGCUGCAGUCAUGCCCGGUGUGCCGGUCAGAGGUGGAACACGUCCAGCACGUCUACCUGCCGACCUGCACCAGCCUGCUGAACCUGACGAUCGGCGGCGACACCAGCCCCGAACCCAUCCACCGAGGCAUGGCCCACACCUGCACUACCAACGACUACAGCACCACCGAGAAGAUCUACCAAAACUAAGCUCGCCUGCCGCUCUUCCACAGGACUUGAGUUCCGUUUCAGACUCCAAGAGUCUGCUUGGGUUGCUCCUCGUGUGAAAGAAAGGAGCGUCUUUUGAUGUUUGUGAAUGUUUGUCUCUUAAAUUAAUUGUAUCAGUUGAUCUGAUAAAUGUAUUUUUUUUUUUGCUCUACACUCAACAGCAUGCAGAACGUCGGUUUGUUUUAGUUUUUUUUUGCCCAUAACCUGCACAUCUGUAUGCCGUGAGGAAACGUUAGCUAAUUUAAUUUCUAUUUUUACGCUUUGUUUUUAAUACGCAUCGUCCACUUUUUUUUCUUUUGCAGUGGAUUUGAGUUUGUUUUAGGUUUUGUUUUUGAGGUUUUCAUAGUUUCCAUGCCAAUGAAGAGGUAUUAAUGGCGGGGGGCACAGACCCUCGCAGCACUUUGAGCGGAGAGGAAGUCGUCAAACUACUGAUCCUCCAUUCGUAUGUAGAUUAACCGCCACUCCAAACCCGACCGGCAAACGCUCCUUAGGGCCCGGAGGUUUAUGCCUUCGACGCUUUUAUUUUCGCGGUCACGGUCGACCGGUGACUUGCUUUGAAUUUAAAGGGUACUGAACGAUCUCUCGGUGCAAUGCUAACCAUUUUGAAGAGAUUCUGACCUUUUUAUGCUUUAGUUUUUUUUUUGGAAGAUGUGGGACGUUUUCGGUAGGAAGGCUCAAAAAAAAAGAUCUAAUCGACACUGUCACUUUACCAAGGAGUUUCUUAAGUGUAUUGUUCCUAGGGGUUUGCCUUAAUGUAGCAGCAACACGGUGUGUUUGAUAUGCAUUCUUUCUUUGCACAGACUAUUAUGGAGAGAUGAAGAGGACUAUUUUCUUUACUGCUGAUAUCUGAUGUGGAACAGUCGCAGCAGGAGAUAUUUUUUCAAUUUAUACAAGUAGGAUUUGUUUCUGUUUGUUUGAAGCAAAAACUAUGCUCUGUAAAUAUAGAAGUAACUCUCAGUCUUUUAUAUUUCUUUGAACGAGAGGUAUUAAUAAAGCUGUUUUUUAAACUAA